UGAAGCUUUGGUUGAUUCUACUAUUAUUAGCAGCCAUAGGAGCCACUAUAGAAGCUCAAUCGCUUGAAUGCUGCCUCAGUAAAUUAAAUGUGGAGAUGCAGAGAUUCCAUAUCCAUUCGGCGUUGGGGUGCAACCUAAUACUGGUCGAAACUGCUUCUUGCAAGAGUCAUUUUAUCUCACUUGCAAUACCUCCACCUCCACGUUAUUCUACAGCGACCGCCCAGUUUCUAACAUAUCUGUUCAAGGUGGUCAUCUUGACAUUUCCAUGCCUGUCUCCAAGAUUUGUUACAAUCAACCGGGCAGCGAUAUCUCUAAUAGUCACUCUCUUGAAAACAAUCCUCCUUUCACCUUAUCCAGCACCCAAAACAAGUUCGCAAGUGUUGGUUGCGACACUCUCGGCAUAAUUCAAUUCCAGAACAAUCUUAAAAAUGGUGGCUGCGUGACGCUAUGCGACUUGCCUCCUCCGGGAGAUUUGAAUGACAAGACUUGUUCGGGGACUGGGUGUUGCCAGGUGGAUAUUCCCGUGGGAAUGAGGAAUCUCACUGUUCUAGCAUCUGCCGUCUUCAACCACUCAAACGUCCCGGCUUUUAACAAUUGCAGUUGUGCUUUUGUUGCCAAACAGAGCUGGUUUAAUUUCUCCGUUGAUUAUCUGCACGACUUUCCCUUUGAUGUGGUCCCACUUGUCCUAGAUUGGACUGUUUUAGAUGAUACUUGUCAGGUUGCUUUCAUCACACCGGAUUAUGCCUGUACCUCUAGCACUAAAUGUAUCGACUCCACUGAUGGAUUUGGUUGCAAUUACAAAUGCAAACCCGGUUUUGAUGGAAACCCAUCCCAUUCUUAUGGGUGUCAUGAAAUGAAAUGCAGACUUGGACGAAUGCCAGGAAUCUACUGACAACUGCAUAGGUAAAGAAAAUUGCCACAACACAAUUGGAUCUUUUGAGUGUUCUUGCCCGCCUGGCUGCUCUGGGAAUGGAACCACGCUGGGGGAUGCCACCCACCCUAGUCAAAAAUUCCACUUGCUAUGGUCUUCAUUGGUAUAAGUAUAGGCUUGAUAGCUCUGUUUAUGAGCAUAUCUUGGUUGUACUUGGUGUCCCAAAAGAGGAAGCUCAUCAAGCAAAAGGGGGAAAAAAAUUGUCAAAACGGUGUUUCAUCUUGCAACAAUGACUCUUUGGAAAACACGGCCCUUCCCUCGCAACUGAAAUAUUUACUGACAAUGAAUUAAAAAUGGCCACCAACAACUAUCAUGACAACUUGAUCAUUGGUUGAGAAGGUUUUGGUACUGUUCAAAAAGGCAUUCUCCCGGACAAGAAAGUUCUUGCAAUCAAGAAAUCCAAACUGAUGAAUCAAAGCCAAGUUGAACAAUUUGUUAAUGAGGUGAUUGUAACCUCCCAAAUAAAUCAUCACAAUAAAGUCAAACUCAUGGUAUGUUGUUUGAAAACAGAAGUUCCUC